UAUUUAAUUGAGGUGAAAAAAUUUGACGAAAUACCUAUAAAGAAAAGUGGGAGGAGUAAGCGACCAGCUGUUUUUUCAGAGAAAAUUUAUAUGUGUAGCGUAGAAUUGAAUAUGGAAGAAAAACAAAAGAAACAUUCGCCGGCUUCUCAGGAAGAACGAAGAUUUCAGUGUGAAAUAUGUGGAUUAAACUGUAGCAACAGAAAAGCAUUAAACCGUCAUUUAAUUUGUCAUUCAAACUUGAAACCACAUAUUUGUGAAACUUGCGGUAAAGCUUUCAAAAGAAGAUGUGGUUUAAAACGGCACACAAGAAUUCAUAAAAAAGAAAAGCCUUAUGUAUGUGAUGUCUGUAGUAAAGGGUUCAGGCUAGUAGAUGCUUUAAAGAAACAUUUAAACAUUCAUACAAAAGAAAAACCAUAUGUAUGUGCAGUCUGUAGUAAAGCAUUCGCGGAUAGAGCUAAUUUACGAAAGCAUUUACGUACGCACACAAAAGAAAAACCUUAUGUUUGCGAAGUGUGUGGCAAUAAAUUCGGAGAAAAAUGUCAUCUCACAGACCAUUUACGGACGCACACAAAAGAAAAACCUUAUGUCUGUGAUGUCUGCAAUAAAACAUUCGCUUAUAUGUGUAAUUUAAAGGUACAUUUACGCAUUCAUACAAAUGAAAAACCCCAUGUCUGUGAAGUCUGUAAAAAAGCAUUCAACCAAAGCAGCAAUUUAAGAAAACAUUUGCUUAUUCAUUCAAAAGAAAAACCUCAUGUCUGCGAAGUCUGUAAUAAAGCAUUCAAUCAACGCAGCCAUUUAGCAAAUCAUUUGCUUACUCAUUCAAAAGAAAAACCUCAUGCUUGUGAAGUGUGUGAAAAGGCAUUCAGCAGGAGAGAUACUUUAACAAAACAUUUACGUAGUCAUCCGCAAGGAGAAAUUUAA